GCAUUACUUCACUUGAAUCCGAUUCUCUUAUCAUUUUCGACGGUGGAGUGUUGUCAACAGUUGAUAUUUUUCGAAAUACGAGAACAAAAAGGGCAAAUCUAUUCGUGGUGUGUUCGAUUUUUUGGCUACCGAAUCUCUUUCGCCCAAUGAACAAAAACAUAACAUUCAAUUCGUACCAUAUGUUGGAUUAAUUAAUCGUCGGAAUUACUUUUAUGGAUCGUUCGAGUACAACUACCAACUUCGAAUUAUGUUGUUGACAGACACAAAAAACCAUGAAAAUUCUCUGGUUUAUGUUGGUAGUCGUCCUAAGUGUGGCCACAUUCGGAUAUACAACUUGUUUAGUCGUAGUUUCAUCCUUCCUGGUGUUUAUUUCCGGAGCCAUAACGUACGUGUAUAUCCAGCAAAGGCACACCAUCGACGAAAGUCUAAAUGAAAUAUCAAACUUAUCAUACGACAGUACCGGUUUACCUCAGGUAAUAGAGUUGAUGAAAAAGAACCAGAAAAAGUAUAAUUUCGAUAAUCGAUUCACCGGAUCUCACGUUAUAGACGAAGAAUUGCAGACUAUUUUAUAUUACGUUUUUCGAGACUUCAUACAUCCUUGGUACGAUAAGAUUAGCGAUGAUCAAGAAUUUCCUUACCAGUUAAAAGAUACUGCUCAUAAGAUAAUUUUCACAUUAGCCAAUAGGAUAAAAGAAGUCGACUGGAUUCCAUAUUUUACCACACAGCUAGUUGACGAUCUCGCUACCCACCUGCGUCUUUUCAAGCAGGCUAGAUCAAAACUCAAGUCUGCUAAUCAUGGUAACCUAGAAACGUAUUUUUUCGAUCUAGAAUUCACUUUGGAGCACGGUGCUAUGUGCAGGGAUCAUAUAUGUAUGAAUGCCAAAGAAGAAAAAGUAUAUUUGCAAAAUAUAGCCGAUGCUUUCCUAUACCAAGUGAUUCCAGAAUCGGAUUUUUUAUGCAGACCGUUGAGGUCGUUGACCAGAGAGAUUCUGGCCGAGGUUAUACUUUAUCCAGUUAUUUCGAUGGUCUCAGAUCCGGAUUACGUUAACCAAAGUAUUAUAUGGAUGUGUAGCGAUUUUCCAGUCUCUAGUGAUAUAUUUUUAAACAUUCUCAAGACUACGAACAACGUAGACGAAUUAUAUUCCAUAAGAUCGUACGUUCAAAAAGAGAUUUCAUCUUUGAGAUGCAAUCCCAACGCUGAAUCGGAUAACUCUAUCAAAAACCAAUUAAGCAGUUUGCUUUACGUAUCAAAAAUCAUCGACGUACGAUUAAGCAGACUGCAAGAAGGUUCAGAUCGAGACUCAACCGGUGUUCCGUCGACUGUCGAUUAUACCAAAUUACUAUCUCAAGAGAAGCUUAUACAAUUACCAUUAGAUUUAAUAUUACGUAAUAAUAUCGCCUUAUCUUAUUUCAUUGAUUAUAUGUCUUCAAUCGGAUACCAAAUAUAUAUCUUCGCGUAUUUAAACAUAGAAGGAUGGAAAAUUUCUGCCAAACAAGAACUCUCUAGGUCGUCUAGUAAACCUAAAACUGAAGAACUAAAGACCUUCGAGCAGCUCAAAAGCGCUGCUCAUUUACUCUACGAACAAUACCUCUCGGAGAAAUCCAAUCUUAAAUUAAUUUCGGAUAGUUUAAUUGUCAGAUCACUGUACGUUCGAAUGAAUACCGAAGCUCCGAAAGAGAAUUGGUUCGAUGAUGUUAUUCAACAUUUAUAUAGCACUUUACAAAACGACGACAAAUUUCUGCCAGGAUUUCAAAAUCAUGCUUCCUACAUAACAUUACUAGCUGAACUCGAACUAAUAAAAGAACCAUUGAUAAAAGAUAACGACGACGACGAAGUAACCUCUGCAGACGAACUACUUGCUUCGUCUACUGAUUCAUCUGUUGGAAACUCGCCUACUAGAAUUAUAAACAAAGAAUCAACAGGUAACAUCGAUAAUAACGCGACCACGGUCGAAGAAAUGCUACAAUCGAGUCAGACGGCAUGUUUUACGUUGAAUGCCAAAAUCAUCGAGACAGGUUUGGUACAAGAGAGUGGUAAAACUUUUGGCGUUUAUGCGAUCGCUGCUACAAAAUUCUACAACGAUGGACGUUCUGAUAGCUGGCACGUGUAUAGAAGGUAUUCAGAUUUUUAUGAUCUACAUCAAAAGCUUAGAGAAAAAUAUCCAGAUUUAGCCCAAGUCCCAUUUCCUGGUAAGAAGACCUUCAACAACAUGGAACGUAAUGUUUUGGAGAAACGUAUGAAGAUGCUGAACAACUACAUGAAGAUUCUGAUGCAGCUUAACGUCAUCAAGUCACAUCCUUCGUUGCAAGAUAUGCUGCUAUCGUUUCUAGAUCCUGAAUUCGGUAAAGCUGUCCCAGGUGGACCAUUAUCCAAGACGCUCGACAACUUGCUCAUAAAUCCUUUGAAAAUGGUCGGAAAUGCAGUCAAAACCAUGCCUGAUAAUCUCCUCAAUACCGUUGAUGGUGUUAUGGAAGGAUUUAGUCGAGUGUUUCAAAAGCCAUCGCGUAACGAGGAGGAAGAAGAGACAAUGAAAGUCAGUUCAGAGAUUGAUUUUGAGAGCGAUAAUAUUCCACUUCGUAUUAUGUUACUGCUGAUGACUGAAGUAUUUGAUUUAAAGACCAGAAACCAAUGGUUACGUAAACGAAUCAUUGCUCUUUUGCGUCAAGUUAUGCAUGCCAUGUUCGGCGAUAUUGUUAAUAAACGGAUCUUAGACUAUGUAGCUGUGAUUACAAGCCCACCAAAGGUUGCCCUUUGUUUGGCUAAUAUCAAAAACUCGAUUUGGCCAAAUAGCCAACGAGCUGUACCAUCACCGCCUCGAGAUAAUGAUAUACGAAUGCAAACCAGAGUAGCUGCGAAAUGCGCCUUAUUAGCCAGUCUCUCAGAUGAAUUGAAACACAUUUUAGGAAGUGAGACAUCUCGAACUGGUUUAAUGCUGGUGUUUUCGAUGUUCCAACAUCAAGUACUUAACAAACGUCUGGUUUACGUGUUCUUCGAAGGAAUUCUAGUCACACUUUUCCCUAAUUUAAACGGUUUGCUGCAAAAACUGCACUCUCAGUCUCCCCGUGUAUUGUACAACAAACAGAAAAUUAAAACUAAAAAAUAAUUUUUUCUGGUUCGAAUUUCUCUUCGCCUAUUUACCCACGCCACUGUCGCGUCGUUGCUUCCAAGGAGAGAAAAAAAUUGCACAAAUAUUACUGUCAAUUUUUUUCCUAUCAUUUUCUAACGCAUUUAUAAAACGUUUUUUUCGUUAUCAUUUAGUUUUCUUCUUUUUCUAUUUCGUUUUUCAAACUGUGAUUUUAAAGAAAUGAUGGAAAAAAACACAGAACUAAUACGUGAAAACGAAGUCAAUUCGACGGUUCUCAUUUUUGCUUCCAUAUAUCUUUCUAUUCUGACUUAUAAUAAUAUGUAAUAUCAUUAUAUCAUCGUACGUAAGAUCUACAAGACGUACGUACGCGUAUUCCUUCCAGUACCAAUUUUAUAGUAUUUUUCAUUCAGCCAGUUCAUUAGACAUGUACACGGUUACUUCCUUCUCUUUAUUUAUUUAUUUUCCUGUCGUAAAAAUAUAUACCUAGGAAUAAUAGAAAUUUUAUGUUAAGCUCAUAAGUCUCAUUCUCCCUCUCUCUGACCACUCAUAUUCUGGAAUCUCUAGCGUAGUUACCAAAAUAUUGCGAGCAAAAAAAUCAUAAUUUCAUUCCAUUUUUCAGUUUUUAAUAUUUUAUUAUCGUUAUGUGUAAUAUAUUUAUGAACCUAUUACCUACCUUUUUUUUUUCAAAAGAAAAUGUAUAUUUUUUAUUUAUUUUAAGGAGAACGUAUUUCAUUUCGAGAGAAGUUUUUUUGUGUGCCUGUGUUUUUAUAUUACCCCAUCGUAUUACGGAAUUUUUUUGUGUUUUAUUUUUUUAUUUUAUAAUAUUAUUAUUUUUUAUAAAUAGUUAUACAAUUUUAUCCUAUUUUUGUCUCAUUGUCAGUCAGCAUAUUUCUUCUUGUACCAACAAACGAUCAAGUUUUUGAUUAUAUCGAUUUUAUGUUCAUUUUAAAUAUACCUAUCUAGUACCUUUACCUACCUAGUUAUGAGUAUGUAGUCGAAUUAUUUAAUACCUACCUAUUGAUUUAAAUGUGAACAAUUUUUUUUUUUUAUUUGCGUGGUAUUUAUAUUGCAUCGUAAUACAUAUGUAUGUACAUGGUAACAUUUAUUAUUCAAAACAGUGAUUUACGAUAACAUAAUGUAAGCAAAUAUUAUACGUACUAUGUGGAUUGAGUAAAUUGAAAAAUGAUGUGCGCCUAAUGCAUAAAUCAACCAUUUUGUUCAAAAAUAUACGCAUUCCGUUAACGUUUUA